UUCCGGUGAGCAGGUAGAGAGUACUUCAUUUCUGUCGGCUUCUAUUAAACACUAUCUUUAUUUGAAUUUUCGCGAUGGCUGUCGGUGAUCUUAAGACAGAUAAGGGUGUCAAGGAUUUAAAUUCUUAUUUAGCAGAUCGUAGUUAUAUCGAAGGGUGGCAACCUACUCAGGCAGACGUAGCAGUGCUAGAAGCUUUGGGAAAAACUCCAACAUCUUCGAAUCCUCAUGUUUUACGAUGGUACAACCAUAUCAAAUCGUAUGAUUUAGAGUCACUUCCUGGAGAGAAAAAAGCACCCACACUCUUAAGUAACGAUAAUGUUAAUCCACCAACAGUAGCAAAGAACGAAGACGAUGAUGACAUAGAUCUGUUUGGUUCUGAUGAAGAAGAAGAUGUAGAAGCUGUUAGAGUGAGAGAAGAAAGAUUAAAAGCAUACGCAGAAAAGAAAUCUAAAAAGCCAACUUUGAUUGCUAAAUCUAGUCUUGUAUUGGAUGUAAAACCAUGGGGGGAUGAGACAGACAUGAAAGCAAUGGAGAAAGCAGUUAGAUCUAUAGAAAUAGAUGGAUUAGUUUGGGGUGCAUCCAAACUAGUUGCUGUGGGCUAUGGUAUAUCUAAGUUCAGAAUAAUGUGUGUCAUAGAAGAUGACAAAGUAUCUGUGGACUUAUUGGUAGAACAAAUAGAAAGUUUUGAGGAUCUAGUUCAAUCUGUCGACAUUGAGUCAUUCAACAAAAUAUAAAUGACUGUUUGUGUCCGUUACUUUUAAUAUAAACUUAAUAAAUAAUAACCAUUGUUUCUAUAUAUAAUUUGUUAUUGGAUGAUCCUGAAGAAUUACUAAUGCAACUUCAAUGGUAAUAUAUUAACAAAGCUUUAAA